UUGUACUGUUUUUCCUUUUGCAAAUGCGCCUACAAAACGUGAACAGUUGCAUCUAAAAAAAGCCAUCACACGAUUCCGCUGGCCCAGGACGCGACUCCGCGAUGGCUCAUAAUUACAUAGUGACCGCCCAGAAGCCGACGGCAGUCACGGCUUGCGUUACCGGAAACUUCACGACAUCGUCCGACUUGAAUUUGAUAGUAGCUAAAAGUUCCCGGCUGGAAAUUUAUCUUGUUACCCCGGAGGGGCUACGUCCGAUUAAAGAAAUCGGUAUAAAUGGAAAGAUUGCCGUGAUGAAGCUGUUCCGGCCUGCGGAAGCCCUGAAGGACCUCAUCUUCAUCUUGACCCAUCGGUACAAUGCGAUGAUUUUGGAAUGUGUCGUUCAAGGCGAUGACAUCGAAAUUAUCACUAAAGCGCAUGGCAACGUAGCCGACCGCGUCGGCAAACCGGCCGAGACUGGCAUUCUGGCCGUUAUCGAUCCGAAGGCACGUGUCAUCGGUAUGCGGCUGUAUGAAGGUUUGUUCAAAAUCAUCCCACUAGAUCGAGAUACCCAUGAACUGAAGGCCACCAGUUUGCGCAUGGAGGAAGUACACGUACAGGAUGUCGAAUUUUUGUACGGAACUCAGCAUCCGACGUUGGUUGUUAUCCACCAGGAUUUGAAUGGACGGCACAUCAAGACCCAUGAAAUCAAUCUGAAGGAUAAAGAUUUUACCAAAAUCGCCUGGAAGCAAGACAAUGUUGAAACGGAAGCGACCAUGUUGAUUCCAGUGCCAACCCCGCUUGGAGGAGCGAUUGUGAUCGGGCAAGAGUCGGUCGUUUAUCAUGAUGGUGAUAGCUAUGUGGCUGUAGCACCGGCGAUUAUAAAGCAGAGCACCAUCAAUUGCUAUGCCCGAGUCGAUAGCAAGGGAUUCCGUUAUUUGUUGGGUAACAUGAUUGGGCAUCUGUUCAUGAUGUUCCUCGAAACGGAGGAAAACGGUAAAGGUCACCUAAGCGUAAAAGAUAUCAAAGUUGAACUGCUCGGAGAGAUCACCAUCCCGGAGUGUAUCACAUAUUUGGACAAUGGAGUACUGUUCAUUGGAUCUCGUCAUGGCGAUUCACAACUGAUUAAAUUAAACACCACGGCAGGCGAUAAUGGAGCUUAUGUUACAGUAAUGGAAACAUUCACCAAUUUAGCUCCCAUUAUUGAUAUGUGCAUUGUGGAUCUUGAGAAGCAAGGACAGGGCCAAAUGAUUACGUGCUCCGGAAGCUACAAGGAAGGUUCAUUGCGUAUUAUUCGCAACGGAAUUGGAAUACAGGAGCACGCUUGUAUUGACCUUCCCGGGAUCAAAGGAAUGUGGGCACUCCGCGUUGGCAUCGACGAUAGUCCGUAUGAUAAUACGUUGGUGCUCUCGUUUGUUGGGCAUACCCGUAUUUUGACCCUAUCGGGCGAAGAAGUUGAGGAAACUGAAAUCCCUGGCUUUCUCAGUGAUCAGCAAACAUUCUACUGCGCCAAUGUGGAUUUCGGGCAAAUCAUUCAGGUUACACCAAUGACAGCCCGAUUGAUUCAGUGUGACAACAAAUCAAUGAUUUGCGAAUGGAAGCCUCCAGAUGAUAAGCGUAUUAGCGUGGUGGCAUGUAAUUCUUGUCAGAUGGUGUGUGCUACUGCCUGCGACAUCUACUACAUCGAAAUCGAAGCCGGCAAGCUGGUACAUAAGAGUACCGUCACGCUGGACUACGAAGUGGCUUGUCUGGAUAUCUCACCAUUGGAUGAUAAUGCCACCAACGCAGAACUGGUGGCAGUUGGUUUAUGGACGGAUAUUUCUGCUUGUAUUCUACGAUUGCCUAACUUGGAAGUUGUACACACUGAAAAACUCGGCGGAGAAAUUAUUCCCCGCUCUAUUCUGAUGGCACAUUUCGAGGGUAUUGUCUACCUACUAUGCGCACUUGGUGAUGGAUCAAUGUUCUACUUCGUUCUGGACAAGCAUACCAAUCGGCUGAAGGAUCAGAAAAAAGUCACUCUCGGUACGCAGCCUACGAUCUUAAAGACGUUCCGAUCGCUUUCAACGACAAAUGUAUUUGCGUGCUCGGAUCGCCCUACGGUCAUCUACAGCUCCAACCACAAGCUGGUGUUUUCCAACGUCAAUCUGAAGGAGGUGAACCACAUGUGUUCCCUGAAUGCCGAGGCCUAUCAGGAUAGCUUGGCUCUGGCUACGAAGAACUCCGUGAUUCUAGGUACGAUCGAUGAAAUACAAAAGCUUCACAUUCGAACUGUUCCUCUGGGUGAAUCGCCACGAAGAAUCGCGUAUCAGGAAACCUCGCAAACUUUCGGCGUUAUUACGUUCCGAACGGACAUUCAAGACUCCAGCGGCCUGACACCAUCACGGCAAAGUGCAUCCACGCAGACUUCAAAUGUGACAUCUUCAACCAACAUGGGGCUGCUGAAGCCGGGAGCAAGUAAUGCCGAAUUCGGACAAGAAGUUGAAGUUCACAAUCUGUUAAUAAUCGAUCAGAACACUUUCGAGGUCUUGCACGCUCAUCAGUUCAUGCAGACAGAAUACGCUAUGUCACUGAUUUCGGCGAAACUGGGCAAUGAUCCAAACACGUACUACAUUGUGGGAACGGCACUGGUCAAUCCGGAGGAACCAGAACCGAAGGUUGGCCGCAUUAUCAUCUACUACUACGCGGAUGGAACUCUCACACAGGUCAGCGAGAAGGAAAUUAAAGGUGCCUGCUAUUCUUUGGUAGAAUUCAACGGAAGAGUUCUGGCCAGCAUCAAUUCGACUGUGCGAUUGUAUGAAUGGACUGAUGAUAAAGACCUGCGACUCGAGUGCAGUCACUUCAACAACGUGUUGGCCCUAUACUGCAAGACCAAAGGCGAUUUCAUUUUGGUGGGCGACCUUAUGCGAUCGAUCACAUUGCUACAGUACAAACAAAUGGAGGGAAGUUUCGAGGAAAUUGCUCGCGAUUACCAACCCAACUGGAUGACAGCGAUAGAGAUUUUAGACGACGAUGCCUUCCUUGGGGCGGACAACAGCAACAAUCUCUUCGUCUGUUUGAAGGACGGCGCUGCAACGAGCGACGACGAACGGCAGCAGAUGCCGGAGGUUGCCCAGGUUCACUUGGGUGAUAUGGUGAAUGUGUUCCGGCAUGGAUCCCUCGUGAUGGAGAACAUUGGUGAACGAACGACGCCGACCUCCGGAUGUGUCCUAUUUGGCACAGUCAGUGGUGCGAUCGGUUUGGUCACGCAAAUCCCAGCGGAUUACUACGAGUUCCUACGAAAGCUGCAGGAAAAUUUGACUGAUACGAUCAAAUCGGUUGGCAAGAUAGAUCACGCCUAUUGGCGCAGUUUUCACACCGAAAUGAAAACGGAACGAUGCGAGGGAUUCAUCGAUGGUGACUUGGUGGAGAGCUUUCUUGAUCUUAGUCGGGAUAAGAUGCACGAAGCGGCUCAAGGACUGCAGAUAGACGUCGAAGGAACGAAAAAGGAAGCCACGGUGGACGAUAUAAUCAAGAUAGUGGAGGAUCUCACCAGGAUACACUAGGAUUCCCCAUAUGAACCGUGCUCACCCAUGCAGAUAAGUCUUGAUCUUAUAACGUUUUGAUGUUACGCAGAUCAAAUGAAUAUGGUUCGUCAAGGAGGGAAACAUGCUUUUAGAUGCUCGAACCUGACAGAUGUCAUACAACGUAUGGAAAGUUAGAACAACACAUACAGCAAAGCACUUAGCAUCGUUUGAGGUAAGUUUAAGUCAUUGUUUACUGAUGCAUUAUUUCUUGUUUCCAAGAUAAUAAACGGAAUGCAGUGGUCUACGAGGAGUGUGAAAUACAAA